CGCACGGAGCUCAGUGGGAGCGAAUGGAGCAGCGCGGAGCGCGGAGCCUCCCGACAUCAUCAUUCCGGCAUCAUCCUCCUCGCAUCCCGGCCUCGAGACGUCGCCUCGCGCUUCUUUUCGGCUCUCUCCCUUUUUCCUCUUUUAUUUAUUUUUGCUGCUUUUCUUUUCUUUUUUUCUUUUUUGCCCCCUCCCCCCCGCCCCCCCAGCCUUUUGUCCCGCUCGCUGGAGAUAAAGUGAUGGGACCGUCGGAACCCCUCCGUGCGCCGCCGGUUCUGCGGGGUCUGCGGGAUUCACAAUGACAGAGUGCGGGGUCCGAGGAGGGGGACGCUGCUCCAGCCCGCUGGAUCAGUGAGUACACGAGGGGGACCAUGUCUCCAACUGCUGCAUGAGACACCUCGAACGGGGGGAGGGGGGGGCAAGGGAGCGCAUCCCCGGACCGCAGGGACAUGCUGUCCACCGAGGACCGCUCCGACGAUGACUUGAUUCGCCGUUCGAACAUGAUCCAGGUGGAGGCGGCGCGCGCUGCGCCUUUCUGACGCCUCCCCAGGUUUUUUAUUUUUACAAGUUUUGUCAUGAUUUUUUAUUCUUCGUCUUGCAUGCGCCGGUUAAAACCCUCCGCUCCGAGGGUGUGAAAAGGUCCGCGCUGGAGAUCCGGGCUCCAUCCUUGUAAAGAUGCUGAAGGGCGUCCUGUUGCUCGGCGUCCUCACCGUGUGCAGCCUCCCCAAAGGGACGGAGAGCCGCAGGACGUCCAGGGACCUGUGCAGGAGCCGCUGUCCGUGCGAGGAGAAGGAGAGCAUCCUCAACAUCAACUGCGAGAGCAAGGGAUUUACAACUGUGAGCCUCUUCCAGCCCCCGCAGAACAAGGUGUGCCAGCUGUUCCUCAACGGAAACUUUCUCUCCAAACUGAGCGCGAAUGAUUUCGUCAACUAUGGCAACGUGAGCUCCCUUCAUCUGGGCAAUAACGGGCUGCAGGAGAUCCAGGCAGGGGCUUUUAAUGGACUGAAAAUUUUGAAGCGCCUCCAUCUGAACAAUAACAACCUGGAGAUUGUUAGAGAGGACACCUUCCUCGGGCUGGAAAGUUUGGAGUACCUGCAGGCUGACUAUAACUACAUCAGCACCAUCGAGCCUGGCGCGUUCAGCAAGCUCAACAAGCUCAAGGUACUGAUCCUCAACGACAAUCUGCUGCUCUCGCUGCCCAGCAACGUGUUUCGCUUUGUCCUGCUGACCCAUCUGGACCUGAGGGGGAACCGGCUCAAGUCGCUGCCCUUCGCCGGCGUGCUGGAGCACAUCGGGGGCAUCAUGGAGAUCCAGCUUGAGGAGAACCCGUGGAACUGCACGUGUGACCUGGUCCCCCUGAAAGCGUGGCUGGACACCAUCUCCGUGUUCGUGGGCGACGUUGUGUGCGAGACGCCCUUCAGGCUGCAUGGGAAGGACAUCACGCAGUUGAUAAGGCAGGACCUGUGCCCGAGGAGGAAUGCGGGAGACGCGGGCCCCAGGGUGCCUCAGCAGCACCCGGCGGGGUCCGAUUCCCAACAGCGAGCGCCACCUCUUCCCACCCAGCACACCGGCGUGACCCCAACGCGGGCCCCCAAGGCAUCGCGGCCACCCAGGAUGAGAAAUCGACCCACCCCGCGGGUGACAUCCAACAAAGACAAGCACGUGUUUGGACCCAUCAUGGUUUACCAGACUAGAUCCCCGGUUCCGAUCGCGUGCCCGGAGAUAUGCAUCUGCACUUCCCAAAACCCCGACAGUGGACUGAACAUCAACUGCCAGGAGAGGAAAUUGCACAAUGUAACGGAUCUCCAUCCGAAGCCUUCGUAUCCAAAGAAGCUGCACUUGACAGGUAAUUACUUACAGACCAUAUACAGGACUGAUUUUACAGAGUACAGCACCCUGGAGCUCCUGCACCUCGGAAACAACAGGAUUGCGGUCAUCCAGGACGGGGCCUUUGAAAAUUUGACCAUUUUACGAAGACUCUACCUUAAUGGAAAUUAUAUCGAGAGCCUGUCUCAGUCUUUGUUUGCAGGCCUGCAGAGCCUGCAGUAUUUAUACCUGGAGUACAAUGUUAUCAAAACCAUUCUGCCGCAGACGUUCAACCUUUUGCACAAUCUGCAGCUGCUGUUCCUCAACAACAACCUGCUGAGGUCGCUCCCUGACAACGUGUUCGGGGGCACGAUGCUAACGAGGCUCAACCUCAGGAACAACCACUUCUCUCACCUGCCGGUCAAGGGGGUUCUGGACCAGCUGUCACCCUUCAUCCAGAUCGACCUGCAGGAGAACCCGUGGGAGUGCACGUGCGACAUCGUGCCGCUCAAGGACUGGAUGGAGCAGUCCAGUACAAGCGUGGUGGUCAACGAAAUCACGUGUGACUCCCCUUCCAAACAUGCCGGCUGGCUCCUCAGGUCCUUGCGCAAUGAGGCCAUCUGUCCGGAGACCGAAGAGACCACCGCGACCACCACGUCCACCGCAGCCACCAGCACUGACGCGACCACCAUCCCGGAGACCACCGCCACUGAACCGCAGCCGCAGGUUCACACCGAGGUGCCCCUGUCCGUGCUGAUUCUGGGCCUCCUUGUGGUGUUCAUCCUGUCCGUCUGCUUCGGAGCGGGUCUCUUUGUUUUCGUCCUCAAGCGGCGCAAGGGCAUCGAGAGCGCCCCGUCCAGCGCCAACAACCUGGAUCUAAACUCUUUCCAGGUCCAGUACGGCUCCUACAGCACUGACACGAGCAUGGAGAAAGCAGAGAGCCACGUGUACAACUACAUCCCACCCCCCGUGGGGCAGAUGUGCCAAAACCCCAUAUACAUGCAGAAAGAAACAGACCAGGUGGCUUAUUACAGAAACCUGAAAGAGCUGAGCUUCAGCGCUCUGGACCACAAAAAGGAGGAGCCGUCGAGGAGCCCAGCCUACACCAUCAGCACGGUGGAGUUCAUGGAGAAGCAGCCCUGUGGGACCCGAGAGCAGGAUCUGCUCUACCAGAACAUUGCGGAGAGGGGCAAGGAGCUACCCAGCGCAGGGGGGCUCAGCCUCACUUUCUGCACCCUGCCCAAAAGGCCCCCAGCGCCCCCGCACCAGCCGGACAGGUGGAGUAGAACCGUCCUGUACGGGACCCCGAGGAAGCAUUGGGCCGAGCAGUCCAAAAACGAGCAUCCUCUGCUUCUGGGGAAGAUAAAGAUCGAACCAGACUACCUCGAAGUUCUGGAAAAACAAACUGCAAUGAGCCAAUUGUAAAAAAAAACAAACAAAUAAAUCAAUAAAUAAUAAUGAAAGAAAAAUAUAUUAUUAAAAAAAAAAAAAAAUAAUCACUCCUUCAUUCCAUAAUUUCAUCAAGUAUCUCUGCGGAACCUAAACGUCAUGAGGAGGACCUGUGCGACGCAAGGCUUUUUUCCCCCUAUUUUUAAAAUCCCCUCACCAUCUCUAUAAAAGAAUAAAUGUGCAAACAGUACAAGGUGGUAUAUUGCUUUUCUUCAGUUUUAAAUUAUUUUUGACUACUUGAACCAUCCACACUGUAGCACUGUCACGAGGAUAUGUACAUUAUGCAGCUUUAUGCUUUAUUUUUAUGUUUGAUGUGAUCUCCUAGGGUGGAAAUGGAUGGUUUUGAAAUGACAUUCCUGUACAUAAGACCCAUGAAUUCCAGAAGUGCCUUUUGCACUCCCAACUAUUUUAU